CGACAGAGAAAGAAGCCAAACUGCACAGAAUCUGACAAAAUGGCUCCGGAGGAGAGAAACAAAGAAAACUCAAAGCUGGGAAGGUCGCCAAAAUAUCUAUUAAUUCAGCGUUGUGCAAAACUGUUCUUUGGCUGUCUUGCGGCAGUCACGAGUGGAAUGAUGUAUGCUGUCUACCUUUCCACGUAUCAUGAACGGAAAUUCUGGUUUUCCAGCAGGCAGGAACUUGAACGAGAAAUUACAUUUCAAGGUGACAGCGCUGUUUAUUACUCAUUCUAUAAAGAACUGCUCAAGGCUCCUUCCUUUGAAAGAGGUGUUUAUGAGUUGACACACAACAAUAAGACAAUAUCACUGAAGACAAUAAACGCAGUCCAGCAAAUGACCUUGUACCCCGAGCUGAUUGCCAGUGUUCUGUAUCAAGCGUCUGGUAGCGAAGAAGUUAUUGAACCAGUGUAUUUCUACAUUGGUAUAGUUUUUGGACUGCAGGGAAUUUAUGUGACUGCAUUGUUUGUAACCAGUUGGGUUAUGAGUGGGACUUGGCUGGCAGGGAUGCUGGUUUAUGUGUCUCUACUUUGUUCUAGGACAGAUACCACAAGAAUUGAUUACUCCAUACCAUCAAGGGAAAAUUGGGCUUUGCCAUAUUUUGCAUGUCAAGUAGCAGCUCUCACAGGCUAUUUAAAAAAAAACCUGAAUUGUUCUGCUGAGAAGUUUUGUUACCUUUUGGUGAGUGCUUCAACGUAUACCUUCAUGAUGAUGUGGGAAUACAGUCAUUAUCUCCUGUUUGUCCAGGCUGUUUCUCUUUUCCUACUAGACAGCUUUGCUCUGGCACAGACAGAGAAGGUGCAUGAAGUAUACAAAAUCUACUUGUUUUCUCUCUUCUUGGGGUACCUUUUGCAGUUUGAAAAUUCAGCCUUACUAGUGUCACCAUUACUGAGUCUUGUAGCAGCUUUAAUGCUCUCUAAAUGCCUUCAGAUGAAUAUGAAAAGAGGCACAUUUAUGUCAAGAUUGCUGAAAAUAGUGUAUAUUUAUUUGGUACUUACAAUAACAGUGACACUAAACUUCUUACUAAAGAUGUUUGUUCCUCAUAAAGAAAAUGAGCAUUUGCUGAAGUUCAUUGAAGUAAAACUUGGCUUGAACACAACUAAGAAUUUUACAAUGAAUUGGCUCCUUUGUCAAGAAUCUCUUCAGGCACCCUCCCAAGACUUUUUUCUGCGACUAACACAGUCAUCACUGUUGCCUUUCUAUAUUUUAGUAUUGGUUAUCUGCCUUUUUUCUGUAACUCAGGUUAUUUUUAGAAGAUUUUGUGGUGAACCACUGAAAGAGACAAUUAAACUUGAGGAUGGUCGAAUUGGAGAGAGGCCAGAAAUAGUUUAUCAUGUAAUUCACACAAUUUUGCUUGGUUGUCUAGCGAUGUGUUUGGAAGGAAUGAAGUACCUAUGGACGCCUUAUGUGUGCAUGCUUGCUGCAUUUGGUGUGUGCUCCCCUGAGCUUUGGAUGACGCUGUUCAAGUGGCUUCGACUGAAAGCUGUGCACCCCAUAUUGCUGGCUCUUAUUCUGAGCAUGGCAGUUCCCACAAUAAUUGGGUUCAGCUUGUGGAAGGAG